AUGGAUAAUUUCCACGACUUUGCCUUUGAUGGUGAAGGAAAAGGACAGUUAGUUGUAGCAUCAUUGCUCAGCCGGAAUAUCAAAUCAUGCUUAAUACUUCGAGAUCCUGAGAAAGCAAGUACUUUAUUUGGUGAACAAGACAAUGAAAAAUUGCAGGUAUGGAAAGGCGACACUCGAAACCCAGAGGAUCUAGAUCCAUCUAUAUUUGAGGGUGUCACACAUGUCAUUUGCUGCACGGGUACAACUGCCUUUCCAUCAAGGCGAUGGGAUGGAGAUAAUACACCAGAAAGAGUAGAUUGGGAAGGUGUGAGAAACCUCAUGUCAGCACUACCUCAAUCAGUGAAAAGAAUUGUUCUCGUUUCAUCAGUAGGAGUAACCAAGUUCAAUGAACUACCCUGGAGGUAUCAAUAUUUUUCCAUUGCAAUUCGCCAUGUCAAGUCUCUGAUACUUGUCAUAACCCAAGUAGAGUAUGAAAGUAGGUUGCCAGAUUAG